CUGGGAACUUCCACAUACCGUGGGCGUGGCCCCCCAAAAAACUGGCCUGGACCAGGGCAUAGAUGUGUUCAAUGGGAAGGAAUGGAUUUGGAAGAUGCAGGAGACAGAUUCCUAAAGGGCCCAGUGGCUGACUGGAUGUAGGGCUGGGGAGGUGAGAGAUGGAGGAGCCUAGGAUGAUUGGCAGGACUAUAGAUGGCACAGUUCAAUACCACAGCCCCCACUACCCAGGCCUACCUGAUCACACCAGAUACGCAUCCCCACUCUCCCCCAUACCUGCCAGCCACCACUGCUAUCUCCACACCUUUACUCAAGCUACUCCUGACAUUUGCGAUGUAUGUAACUGUCCUUCCUUCCAAUCUAUUUUUUCAUAUAUAGCUCAACUCCACUGUUUCAGAGAAGGCUCUCACUCUAAACCCAACCUACCUCUUCCUCUAUAUCAUUUCCCAGCACUGCUAGGGGCCACUCAUUGGAAGGUUAUGGGAGUGGGCUGCCUCUUAAGCAUCAGGCAAAAGGCUCAAGCUGAGUUUAAUCAGCUUUGUUUCCAAGCAGAGGGCUCAGUGCAGGGGGCAAUGGAUAUGGGGAAAUGGACCUAUGUGCAAAACGGCAGGUGGUGAUGCUAGACUUGUGUGUCAGCUAAGUAUACAGUCUCUGUACUCAGACGGGUGCUGGUAAUUGGCAACAUCAUGAAUCCCUCCUUCCGUUGGUAGGUGGGACAGACCAGCCAAUCAUUUGCUUGUUCAACACCAGGAAUGUCCUUCCCUCAUGAGAUGACCUAAAUUCUAGCCAUGCAAAUCUUUCAGACGUUGCCCUCUCCUAACUCCUUCGGGAAGCUUCCAAAGUGACUCUGGCCCUUAUGUAAACUACGUAGGUGACAAGGCCACAAGGUUAAUGAUCAUGUGGUGUCUCCUGCUCAUCAGUCCGGCAAUAUAUGAGGGUAAAAGGACAAACGUGCAACGCUUCUCUACCCUUUGAACUUAAGCGCCCGUUGACACCCUGUCCCGGAGACCUGGCUGGGACUCGGAUUUCCCCUCGUCACUUGCCUUCCCAGACAGGAGUCCAAGCUCAACAGCCUUGGGCUCUGGAGAUUGCCAUUGUUCCAGAGAGGCUGAUUUGGGCUGAGGUCCAUAAUGCAUCUUCUCUUUGGGCUGAAGUUACUAUUCUUCAAUCCCAUCUUCAAUCCCAGGCUCGGGUGAGACAUGGAGUCCUAGGGACUAAGGCACUCAGACAGGCUGUGCAGGGCCCUCUGGAAGAGCAAGAGCGGUGGAAGUAUCAGAUCUGUGCCCUGGAAGGUAUCCGAAUCACUAAGGUUGUGGCAGGGGGCCCCAGAGUGAAGGGCCUUUCUCCUGGAGCAAUGUUUGGAGGGGCUGCGAAGGGAAAUACAGUGCCCUCGAAGCCAGGUGCAGGUACAGGCCUGAGCCCAAAUACAGAUGGGACCACCAAAGUGCAGUGCUACCAGGGGCCUUCAGCCAGAGCUGCAGAACGACAACUGCUACAGGAGGAGUCAGAGAUUCUGGAGGAGGAAGUGAAGUUGCGGUGGGUCCAGCUGAGCCAGUAUUGGGAGCUGCUGCUGAAACAGAUGACUGACGGGCAGCAAGCAGAGGCCUGCAGCUGGAAGAUACCCAGAAGCACACUCUUUCUAACCUGGAGUCCAGCAGCUUUCAGCUCCAGGCCCAGAGCCUUGGGCAGGAAGAUCUAUUCUCUUAGGGCCCCAAGAUGCUCCUGAGUGACCUGUAAGGGCUUUUAAGAGUAAGAGUAAUACGAUGAAGUCUUCUUUGCUCACCUUCCCCUCCAAGGUCCUCUUUCUGGGUCCCCUCUUCAUCUCUCUGAUACUUUCUCUCCCUACUGAGGCUUGUCGCUGCCUGUCUGUCCCUACCCACCAACUCCAAUAAAAUGGUUUUAUUGUGA